CCGACGACCCCCACCACCCAGUGGUGCUCCCCGUGGCGGCAUCCGGCGAAACCAAGGCUAGGGCUUGGGUGGUGACUCACACGUGUCGGUGGCUUCGCGUCUUCCCCCGCACCCGAAGCCGCCAAACUGUACGCCAAAAGAGAGGGUUCUUCUCUUCCCUCCCCCGUUCCCACCGCUGAAAUCGAAGCAGAGAUGGCGAUGAGAAAUUAAAAACUAAAAAAGGGAAAAAGAGAAAAGGGAAAAAAUAGCUAAAGCAAAGCAAAGCAAAGCGAGGGAAGGGAGGGAGGGGAGGAUGAAGGAAAGAGAUUAAAGAAAGAAAGCAAGCGCGAAAGAAGAAUAGUUCGAGAGACGCUUCUGGUGGUUCCCUUCGCUUCUCUCUUUUCGCUGGGACGACGAGUUCGGAGACGAGAGAGAUCGGAAUCCCCACGCCACUACCAGCUCAAUGAAUUCGGUUUUUUUUGGGGUGUAAUUUCCAGAUUGCGUUCCUCCAGCUCUCACCUGUUUUCCUAUGAAAAUGAGAGCACAUGGGACCAUACAAAAAGCUCAAAAAGUGAAGCAUGUGCAAGGGGAGGGACCAAAUUGGGUGCUCAUUGCAGGUGGUGCAUUGCUUAGCACACUGUCAAUCAGGCUUGGAUGCAAGCUGAAGCAGAUGUUUGAGACUAAGCAGUCUAAGAAUUCCAAUAAUGCGAAAGAGAAUGGAAAAAAUGUAGCCAAAAGGAGGCCUGGAGCUUGCCAGUUACAUUCAAAAUUGUAUUGCUAUACUCAGGAUGAGGAUGGAUGUUACCACUGCCUCUCAGGGACCUCGGAUGGUGCAGUGGAUGUUAAGCAACCACCUGCUGGCCCAUGGUCAAAAGAUGCAGAUGUUUCCCUUUCAUUAGUAAAGGUCCCUGAAGCAAAUUCAAAUAACGAUAGCAGUGGGGUGAUGUGGGCAUCUUCACCUGAUCACCCAGAGCUGCCUCGGAGGCCAUUCCACCACUCAAACAGUUCAGACUCUCCCUGCAUCUCAGAAUCCGGAUCAGAUAUCUACAGCAAACGAGAGGUGAUACAAAAGCUACGUUUGCAGCUUAAGAGACGGGAUGAAAUGAUAAUGGAGAUGCAGGCCCAGAUCAUGGACCUACAGAAUUCUGUUGGCAUCCAAAUGACCCACUCAGCCAAGUUGCAGUCGCAGCUUGAUUCUGCAAACGGGGACUUGUUUGACACAGAAAGAGAGAUCCAGCGGCUAAGAAAGGCCAUUGCUGAUCAUUGUGUUGCAGAUGCAGGCUUUCUGGAAAAACCUGUGGCCACCAGAACUUGGCGGCCGGAAGCCAUCAAUGGCCAGGUUAAUGGAUAUGUUGACAGCACGGAUGAUGUAGAGUUGCACUGUGUUGGUGGGGAAAAGGUAAGAGAUGAUAGUGAGAGGGUUGAGAUGCUCAAGAGGAAAGUUGGAGAACUAAAAGAAGUGAUUGAAGGAAAGGACUUUCUGCUUCAGAGCUAUAAGGAGCAGAAGGUGGAACUAUGUUCAAAGAUAAAGGAGUUGCAGCUGAGACUAGAAUCUCAGGUACCUAAUAUCUUGUAAGACAGUAUUGUGAUGGUUCUGAUUUUUGUUCAGGCCUUGGCCCUCUAAUCUGAGGGCUGUUUGCUUCUUUUUAUUUGCGCUGCAAAUUUUCAUGUUUGUAUAGUUUCUGGCAUGUCUGCGUGGCACAUGCUUGUCUAAUAUUUUUGCAUAAAAGAAACCCGAGUCUGAAAAGAACAGAUUAGGUGAGAGCUAACUUGUGAGGCCAUUUACAUGCAUGAUUACUUCAAGCAAUUUGGAAGGGUUUUGGCAGCUGAGAAUUGAAGCCAGAUAAAGAUCUACAAUCGAGUCCUGAUGAAGGGGAGAAGUCCAAAUUAAUCAAAACUGUAGUCACCAGCUAACCGAUCCUUGUUGGUUCUUUGCAUCUUUGCUAAUGCAUGGUAGAUUGCUAGUUCCUACUGCAAUGCAAGUGUGAAACAGCUAGCUUUUGAUUUCUACCAAAAAAAAAACAGCUAAGUUUUGAUGUCUUCAUUUAAAGGGCUAAUUUUGAUGUCUUGAAUCUGUGUAACAGCUUCUGCAGACAAUCAUCCUGUUAUUAUUUAAUUGAUGUUGCGUUUCA